AAGUGGAGUGAAUAGCACGUCCCAGGGCUCCAUGGAACUCUGGUGAUCAGGCUGUUACUCCCACUUGUCCUCAUGUUGGCAGAAGGCAUCUUAAUGAGGCUCAUCUAUAAAGAAAGCUGUCAUCAAGAUAAGCCUCAGAAAUCCCCUGCAUCCCAAAAGGCUAAAGAGGGAAUCUGGAGGCAGAAACUUGUAGACAUCCCAAAAAUCAAAGGCUUUGGUGAUGGAUGUGAGAAGCGGGAUGAGAUCUCUGCUCGAAGCAGCAAAACAGAACCCAGGAGUGGCCCUGGCUGGGGAUCCAGAGAAAGGGAACCUGCAAAAGAUCAGGAAAUGCAGGUUAAAGGACCUGUAUCCCCAGCUUUACACAUCCCCAGGAGAGGCCAGAGCCUAUACCAGCUGGAUUUGUACAGAUCCUGGCCAUGCAAUAGCAUUUACCAGAACUAUCCCGACCUGCAGAUCGGGGGGGACCAUGUGGGGGAACACACGUGUGACUCGGGCUGUGUCCUGGACCACGUGUGUGAUGAACUUCCUGAUGGCCCUGUCCUGCUGUCCAUAGAUAUUCCCCUGGGCCAGUCCCCUCCCUGUGAGCACCCCGAAAAGCCCAGUGUGACAUCCCUAUCUGGGCAUGAAGGUGAAGCUGAAGCUGCAGAGAGGAGCAUCGUGCUCUCUGAGGAGCCUCUUUCCAACUCCACGCUCAACAAGUACAUGGAAGCCAAGGUGGCAGAGCUCUACAAGCAGUUUUUUGAAGAAAGCCUGGCCAGGUGUGGCUCUGUAACAAACCUCCUGACUUGCAGCUGGCUGAGGAACAGCCUGGAGCAGAUAAGCUUCCAGAUCUCCCAGGAGCAGAACAUAGAAGCCUCCAAGGCCAGAGGAGCCCUCCUGCACUCGCUGGCUUUGUUGAGUGGGCGAAACGCUCCCAACAGGAACAGCUCAGAGUUCAGCACCCCAAACCUGCAGAUCUCCAACCCAGCGGGGGUGAAACGGAGCUGCAGGGUGCAGUUCCCAUCCUGACUGAGCUGGGCUGGAGGGAUGGAUGGCAUUAGGGUACGAAUAUUUCACUCCAGGGAUGAGCUUGGGAAGUGGGAACAUUUACACACUACACUUUUUCAAAUCAGUGUUUUAAGGCUUAAACCGUAGGGGAAGUAGAAGGCACUGGUUUCUUUUU